CAAAGAGAGAGAAAGUAAUCUCUUUCAUUUCGUCUUCAUCAUACUUCAUUAAUUUUGCAUUAGUACAAAAAACUGUUGGACUGUUGGUUUGUCCAAAAGGAGAAUCAAAUACUUUGCCUUUUUGUCCUUUCUCUCACCUUUUUUCUAUAUUUUUCCUUUUCUCGGCAUUGUAACGUGUAACAAACUGCACAAUAUCGAUGAAACAUUACUACAUUUCUGGCACUCUGCUUCCUUAAAUCACACUAAUGUAUCUCAGUAAAACCGCACUCACUUAACCCAUUGUUUUGUUGCCUUUUUUUUUGAACCCUAAACCCCUUUUAACUCCUCAAAUUCCUUUUCGUUAACAACGAUUCUAGGGUUUCCCCUGUACUUACGAAUGGCUUAGCUUCCUGAGUGUACUCCACCUUAAUCUACGCUGAAUGUUUGUUGGGAGUUUAUUGGGCAUUUCACACCGGAAGCUAAAUCAUGGUGUGGAAUCUGAGGAUCACAGAUUCAAAAUGGGCCUAAAUUAGAUUAUGGAUCUGAUUGAGUUCUGACAGUUGUGUUGGAAGCCACCGCGAACGAUUAACUAGAGGUCGCAUAAUUGUAUAUCUAUUUAAAGGGACAAAUAGAAGAAUAAUUAUUGCCUAGGCUUUGAUAAGGAAGUUGUUUGUUUGAUAAUGGAUUUCUUCAAAGUGAAGAAGUUCAGAAAGGCCCAUAAACCGGAACUAGAGACUGAUGCAGAGGAUAAGCCUGUUCCACUACCAGGAGAGCAAAUGAAUGAGAAUGGUAAUGUGGGGAAAUCAGCUUAUGUUGAUACCACUAAUGCGGAACCAGAAGACGAUGAUGAUGACUUCAUCACCAACGAGGUAAAGAGGAGGUUGAAGGAACUGAGGAGAAACAGUUUUAUGGUAUUGAUUCCUGAGGAGUCAGCCCCAGAAGAUGAAGAAGCAGAUGAUGAAGAAGAACAGACUAACAUGAAUCCUGGUGAUUGGAGGGACGUUGAAGCAGAAGGACGACAGUUUUGGUCUGGGUUCGAUGCUGUCUAUGAUAAAUACUCGGAACAAAUGCUGUUUUAUGACCGCCUGCAUGCUCAGCAGCUGCGAGAAUUUGGUUCUCAUAUUCCAACUACCUCUUCUCCAAGAUCUGCAUCUAAAAAGCUUGUCUCCCCCUUUCGGUGCCUAUCCUUGAAGAAAAUGGAUGAAUCUCAAGAUGAAACUGAGCACUUGCACCAGCCUGUGGCUGAGCUUUAUCAAGAUCUUGAAACCGCUUAUGUAGCUCAGUUGUGCUUGACCUGGGAAGUUCUUCACUGUCAACACACGCAAUUGAGUCAGAAAAUCUCUUGCCAACCUGAGAGUGCAAUUUCCUACAAUCACAGCGCUCAACAAUUUCAGCAGUUCUUGGUCUUGUUACAACGGUUUAUUGAAAAUGAACCUUUUGAACCUGGUAUGAGGCCUGAAAUUUAUGCUCGCACGAGAAAAGCAUUGCCAAUGCUACUUCAGGUUCCUAAAGUCCAAGGUUCUGAUCAACAGAAAUUGGAAGAUGAUGCGUUGCCAGUUCUUGCUCUAGAUCUACUUAAAGUGAUUGAAAGCUCAAUCCUCACUUUUCGUUUAUUUGUGAAGAUGGACAAGAAGUCUGGCAGUGUCCGCAAUCUUUUCGGAAGCCAGAACCAGAUGUCAACGCCCCUUCAUCAGAUUCAAUGUUCUCUUGAAAAGAAAAAGGUGAAACUGAAGGAACUAAGGAAGAGAAAGAAAAACUUGAAGAAGAAAUCAUGGCCUACCGUGCCAGGGGAUGUGGACUUGCUGCUUGGUCUAAUUGAUGUUAAAGUCAUGAAUAGGGUCCUAAGAAUGGAAAGAAUUAGUAAGGAGCAGCUAUUCUGGUGUGAAGAAAAAAUGAAGAAGCUAGAUAUAAAUGGCGGCAAGCUGCAGAGAGACCCCUCUAUUAUCUUAUUUCCUUGUUAGCAGGCGAUCAGGAACACCCUCGAAUUGCUAGAGAAACCAUUGUCCUCUUUUUUCCCUCUGUAUUGGCUGUAUAAUAGGGUGGACAUUCUUCAUCAACUGCUUAGUGAUGGUUUUCUAGUUGAACAGACAUUAAGCAAUGCAUUCCACGUGGUUUAAUAAGCCUCA